CGGCUGCGAUUAUAUGUGGUGGAUCCGUGGUCAAAAUGCAGGAAAUCAUGAGAAUAAACUUCCUGGAGCUUUGUUCUGUUUUCGUUGGCCCUGUUUCACCAUGACCCCGAAUUAUCUAGGAACAACGUCAAUAUGUGGCGUACGAUCCUCCGUUCACUUUCCGCAGCACUGUCUCGGAACGCUGUACAACGUGAACGAGAUCGCCGCAAGACCCAGACCACAUCCAUGCCGGAUGACUAACGUUGCGCCAUACCCAUAUUUUGGCAACUUCCAUCGGCCUGACUUUGGACAGCUCGCAUGUCUUUCCCGGACUGUUCAUGGACACGAGAAAGCCUCCACAGCUCCAGUAGGUUCCGAACAUUGCCGACCGCGGGACGCCCUGGACUGCGUCCCCAUCGAGCAUGACCCUGCAGUUUGCCGGUCGUUAUGCUUUAUCGCACGGCGAGCGCUGUCCUAGCGUCUGGCGCCGGAUACAGGGCAAUCGACCCUCCGUAAGCCACCUACCGCAGGGACGGCCAUGAUUCUGCAGAUCGUAGCUCUCCUUCGCAUUCGUUCUGUGAGCUCACUGGGAUACUCGCCCAUUGUCUAUCUACUAUCUUACGCGCAUAUACAUCCGCUAUCGCCUUCAUUACCCCGUUUUUCAUCGCCAAGCAUGCGUACUGCAGCCUUCUUCGCCUUUGUCGGAGCAUUCGCCUACGUCUCUGGGAUCCCUAUCCUUACUACAUCGACCGGAGCCGAGGUUAUUGCUCGUGCCAGUCUUGCCGAGUUUGCGGAGGUUCCUAACUACGGCUUCAUCCGCCGCGUCGCAGAUGGUAGCUCGGAGGACGAUUUCAAGGAGGACGUUUGUAAAAUUGGGUGCAAAGUGACUGGCACUCCGUCGUGAAGGCUGUGGUCGCCACGGAACGGCCCCGGAAGGGUCGACUAAGGUCGUAGGUGGAGCAUCGGGUUAUGGAAACAAUGGACUGGGAG